AUGGAGUCCAACAUUUCAGGGUCCUUCCUUUUCAACAAUGGCUUGAACCAGUUCCCAUCAGAUCUCAAGGCCCCUGUGUGCCAGUACUCCAUCUCCAACUCCUUCUACAAGCUUGGCCCUGCCAAUAUCAGUGCCCAGCUCCAGGCUGGCACUCCGCAUGGCAUCAGUGACAUCCUGAGUCGAUCAAUGUUGGGCGGCCCGGGAACCUCUACCCUAUUAUCAGGGUACCCCUCUAUGGGUGGUUUUGGGACAACUGUGCCUAGUCCCGGGGUGUAUUACAAUCGGGAUUAUGCCCCUUCAGGACUGAGCAGUUUUCCUAAAUCCAGUGUAGAAUGUCAAGGUAUGAAGAGUAAAGGCACAAGCUGCUGGGUGGAUGGAGGGUACGAGUGGAGAGGAGCGAGACAGCAGUGUGGCAACAAUAGUGGGCAUUCCAUUGAGGCUGCAGGAAAAAAGAAGCACACAAGACCCACCUUCAGUGGACACCAGAUCUUCGCUCUGGAGAAAACCUUUGAACAGACCAAGUACCUGGCUGGAACGGAAAGAGCCAGACUGGCAUACUCACUGGGCAUGACUGAAUCGCAAGUUAAAGUGUGGUUCCAGAACCGGCGCACAAAAUGGCGUAAGAAGAGCGCGCUGGAGCCCAGCUCCACACAGGCCUCUCGGGGGGAGAGCGGAGGAGACGGAUCAGAGAAUGAGGUGGAGGAUGAGGAGUACAACAAGCCGCUGGACCCCAACACGGACGAUGAGAAGAUUCGACAGCUACUGCGUAAACACCGCAGAGCUUUCUCAGUACUGCGCCUGGGACCUCACCAUGUCUGAUACUGUACACACCUAUAAACUCUCAGAAAAAAGGGACUUCCUGCUGAAAAGACCAGCUUAACCAGCAUGCAAUUCCUAUGCUGGUCUAGGCUGGUUUAUGCUGGCUAGUGCUGAUUUGGUGCUGGUCUAGCUGGCUGACCAGCAUAUCCAUGCUUUUCACCAGUUAAACCAUGCUGGUGAAGCUUAACCAGCAUGGUCUUUCUGAUGAAGCUGGUUAAGCCAGUUUAAAAGCCUGCUGGGGACACCAGCACACCAGCAUCCCAUGCCGGGGAACCAGCACCCAAAACACAACAUAAGCUGGUGACCAGCAAUGCUUGUCUUUUCAGCAGGGCUGUUUAAGGUUCAAGGCCAUCACUGGUGUGAUAUCCUUGUUUUAGGGGGGUAAGGUUUUUUUUUUUAUUUGAGGGGAAUGAAACAUAAAUGUAGCUUUAAAUGAAAACAAUAGGUUCUUAUGGGACAAUUAUGUACCUAAAAAUGAGUUACCGAAAAAGUCCCCUUGAGGGUACCACUCCAGUGGUCGUUGUUCCUUAAAUAGUAUAAUAGUACGUUGUGCCAACAAAACACACUGGCAAUAAUAUUUAGAUCAUCCACAUCAUAUAAAUAUGCACAAAUGUGUACUGUUUUUGGUAACAGUUUUUAUGAAUUAUGCAUAUAAUUCAUUAUUAAAUUAUUCUUAAAGGGAUAGCUCACCCAAAAAAAAAAAA